CUCUUUUCUUGCACAGUGAGGCUACGAUCAAUAAAUUCUAGCUUCCAGCCCCAUCGCAAGACCAUGGAUCGACUUGCGCUCGGCCUAUCUCUUCUCUUCUCGUCUCUCCUUCUUUCCGAAUGCAGUGACAUAAUCUCCACGAGUUUCGCUAAUGAAGCCUCGCCUCUGGGGGCAUUCGAAUCGGCUCGCUUCGGCGAGCAGAUGAGAAGAGGCGUUUUCACGGCCGAUGCAAAGCUUUGCCACCGUGCAGGAUUUUUUUGUCAUCCUUAUGGAAGGCAUGGAGGCAAUGCCCACUUUGGCGAUGCUGCAGAGAAGACCGCCCUUGCAGCAAGCAAGCUCGGAGGGAAUGCUCACUUUGGUGACUUCCAAGACCGUGUACGCUCGCUGGAAGCCAGAGAUCUUGGCGGCAAUGCACAAUUUGGUGACUUCAAAGAUCAUGGAGCUCUGGGUGGAAACGCUCACUUUGGUGACUUUCAUAAGGAUCACGGGCUUGGCGGAAAUGCUCACUUUGGUGACACUGGAUUGGGUGGAAAUGCGCACUUUGGUGACUUCAAAGACCACGGAUCAUUGGGUGGAAAUGCACACUUUGGCGACUUUAAAUUAGACCAUGGAUUGGGUGGCAAUGCCCACUUUGGUGAUUUCAAAGACCAUGGAUCAUUGGGUGGUAAUGCCCACUUUGGCGACUUCAAAGAUCAUGGUUUGGGUGGUAAUGCUCACUUUGGUGACUUCAAAGAUCAUGGUUUAGGAGGAAAUGCACACUUUGGCGACUUGAAAGACCAUGGCUUGGGUGGUAACGCCCACUUUGGCGACUUCAAAGACCACGGUUUGGGUGGCGGUAAUGCACAUUUCAGAGACUUUAAAGACCAUGGAUCAUUAGGUGGUAAUACCCACUUUGGCGACUUCAAAGAUCAUGGUUUGGGUGGUAAUGCUCACUUUGGUGACUUCAAAGACCAAAGUUUGGGUGGAAAUGCACACUUUGGCGACUUUAAAGACCAUGGCUUGGGUGGUAACGCCCACUUUGGUGACUUCAAAGACAAAAGUUUGGGUGGCAAUGCUCACUUUGGCGACUUUAAGGACCAUGACAAUGCUCAUUUCAGAGACUUCAAAGGUUUAGGUGGCAAUGCUCACUUUGGGGACUUCAAAGACCAUGGUUUAGGUGGAAACACUCACUUUGGUGAUGCUUCACUAGGUGGAAAUGCUCACUUUGGCGAUGCUUCUGUCAAACCAAGCACUAGUUGCAAGAAGAACAUGCCGCUGUAUUUGAUCCAGAUUUUUACUGAGUACGAGGAAGAGGGUUAUGGAGGAAGGAAGUCACUGCACUCUAUGGACUGGCCAACCAUCAAAGCCUUAAUAGCGAAAUGCUCCCCUGGAAUGCUCCAUCACUUCUUCACACUGGAAGAACUCCGACAGAGAAACGGAACUGAAAGUGUCCUCCCAAACAUCCGUGACACUUAUCCUCCACGGGCACUCCUGCCAAGUGCAAUGGCUAAGCACACAAACUUCGGUAAGCGGAGCCUUGACUCUUACUUGAAAGAGUUUAACGUCCCAAAGGAGUCUCCACUGGCAAGAAAAAUGGCUUUCACUCUGGAACUCUGCAAUGACAAUGCUGGGGGGAAGAUGAAGUGUGUGGCUUCCAUGGAAGAAAUGGCCGAGUUCGUCACCUCCACCCUUGGCCCUGUAGAGAUUACCAUGGUGACAGGAAGCAAGGCUUUCGCGGCCGAGGUUGGAAAAACUAUCAAGCUUGGCGAGGUCAAGCCCAUCACGAAAGGCGACACUCUUAUGGUCGUCUGCCACACAACUAUGUUUCCAUACAAAGUCUACUUCUGUCACAAGGUGAGUAGCACCAGCGCUUCCAAAGUAAAUGUGAAGACCAGCAGUGGGAUGGAGCUCACUCCAAAUGUGCUGUGCCACAAGAUGGGCAAGACUUAUGUUUGUCACUGGUUUGUGGAAACGGUCAUUAUGUUCGUUCCCAUUGCCACUGUUUAUGCUUGAUUGUAAUAAUAAUAAUACUUAUUGGCUUUGGGGUUAACAACAAAAAAUAUUUGAAAUUA